AUGGCACAUACUCUUAGAGGAUGCUCUUUGGAACUUGUUUUUUUGACCAUGUGGCUAUUGAUUAAAGCACACAUUGAUGUGUGCACGAAAGGAGAUGUUACUGUGAAGCCCUCCGAUAUAAUUUCACAUGGAUCAACUGUCAAUAUUUCAUGUUCCUUGAAACCCAAACAAGAUUGUUUACCCUCUUCCAGAUUGAACACAUUGGUCCUCUACAAGAUAGACAAAAAGAUUGGUCACUACCCCGGUCGCUCUGUCAGUAUUCAAGUCACAGAUCUUUCCCUUGGUUCAACCUUGUUUCGCUGCAGACUUGCCUGUGGGAGAAGUUAUGAGACUCCAGUAUGUGGGGCAGAGAUCCUUGUUGGUGUUGCUCCAGAGCGGCCUCAAAACUUAACUUGUACACAGAAGGGAGAACAUGGGACUGUGGCCUGUACCUGGGAGAAAGGACAAGAGACUUACAUAUAUACUAAGUUCACUUUACAGUUAAAUGGACCAAAAAAUGUAACACGGAAGAAGCACUGCAGUAAUUGUAAUUGUUUGGACCUUGGAAUCAGGCUAUCCCCCGAGUUAUCUGAAUCCAGUUUCAUGGCCACAGUUACUGCCACCAACAGUCUUGGAAGUUCUUCUUCAUUUCCAUCUACAUUCACAUUCCUGGACAUAGUGAGGCCUCUUCCUCCAUGGGACAUCAGAAUCAAAUGUUCAAAUGCUUUGGGGAGCAGAUGUACCCUUCGAUGGAGAGAUGAGGGGUGGGUGCUACUCAGUCGUCUCAGAUAUCGGCCCAGUAACAGCAAGUCCUGGAAUAUGGUUAAUGUCACAAAUGCCAGAGGAAGACAUGACUUGCUGGAUCUGAAACCACGUACAGAAUAUGAAUUUCAGAUUUCCUCCAAGCUACAUCUUUUUAAAGGAAGCUGGAGUGAUUGGAGCCAAUCACAGACAGCGCACACACCUGAGGGAGAAGAACCUACUGGGACCUUAGAUGUCUGGUACAUGAAACAGGCCCUGGACUACGAUAGACAACAAAUUUCUCUUUUCUGGAAGAAUCUGAGUGUAUCAGAGACAAGAGGGAAAAUCCUCCACUAUCAGGUGACUUUGCAAGAAGUGACAGGGAAGAAAAUCACACUACAGAACAUCACAGGACACAACUUCUGGACCUGGGUGAUUCCCAGAACUGGGAUUUGGACUGUAGCUGUGUCUGCAGCCAAUUCAAAAGGCAGUUCCCUGCCAACUCGCAUUAAUAUAACCGACCUGUGUGGCUCAGGAUUGCUGGCUCCUCACCAGGUCUCUGCAUAUUCGGAGGAUGUAGAUGGCAUUGUGGUGACCUGGCAGGCCCCCGAGAAAGCUGCCUCAGCUGUUCAGCAGUACGUGGUGGAAUGGAGGGCACUCCAUCUAGUGGGCAGCACACAACCUCCUCCAAGCUGGCUGUGGGUGCCCCCCUACAAUGUGUCAGCUCUGAUUUCAGAGAAUAUAAAGCCCUACGUCUGUUAUGAGAUCCGAGUGCAUGCCCUGUCCAGGGAUCAAGGAGGAUGCAGCUCCAUCCGGGGUAGCUCCAAGUACAAAGCACCACUGAAAGGCCCCCACAUCAAUGCCAUCAUGGAGGAAAAGGGAAGCAUCUUAAUUUCAUGGAACCACAUUCCAGUCCAGGAGCAAAUGGGCUGCAUCCUCCACUACAGGAUAUAUUGGAAGAAGAGGGACUCAAGCUCCCAGCCAGAGCUCUGUGAAAUUCCUUAUAGCCUCUCCCAAAAUUCAUAUCUAAUAAACAGCCUGCAGCCCAGAGUGACAUACAUCCUGUGGAUGACAGCUCUGACAGCAGCUGGUGAAAGUCCCCAGGGAAAUGAAAGGGAAUUUUCUCCACAAGGUAAAGCCAGUUGGAACAUGUUUGUGACGCCAAGCAUUUGUAUUGCCAUCAUCAUGGUGGGUGUUUUCUCAGUACGGUACUUCCGGCAAAAGGCAUUUGUUCUCCUUUCAUUACUCAGACCUCAGUGGUGUAGCAGAGACAUUCCAGACCCAGCAAACAGCACUUGGGCCAAGAAAUACCCCAUCAUGGAGGAGAAGACACAGCUGCCCUUGGACAAGCUCCAGAUGUCCUGGUCCACUCCUGAAGAGCCUGAGCCGCUGGUCAUCAAUGAAGUUCUCCAUCAAAUGACUCCAGUCUUCAGACACCCCCAUUGCCUCAAGUGGCCAGUAAGGGGACAAGGAGUCCAAGGUUACUUUACCUCUAAGGAAGACACAGUGUACAGUGCCUCCAGCCCUUUACCUUCCAGAGCUCUCAAAGCUGAGACAAGACAGCUAGUGGAUCUGUAUAAGGUGCUGGAGAGCAAGGACACUAGCUCAAAGGCAGGAAAAAUAACCAGCCCUUUGACAGUUCUCCCAGGGGACUACCUUCCCAGCCAUGAGGGCUACUUACCCUCCAACAUUGAUGAUCUCCCUUCACAUGAGGUUCCUCUCGCUGACCAAUUGGAAGAACUGGAGCCUCAGCACAUCUCACUUUCUGUUUUCAUGUCAAGUUCCCUUCACCCACUCAACUUCUCCUGUGGUGAAAAGCUGACUCUAGAUCAGUUAAAGAUGGGGUGUGACUCCCUCAUUCUCUAAAUGGUAAGGCUCCAAGCCUGAAAAGUCUGUGUCCUCAAUCAGCACAGCAUGCCCCAUUUACCCAGCCCUUACUCCAGUUGUCAUAAUCCUUGGUAGCAUCAGUUCUGGCUGCAGCUAGAGGGUGGUCCUGCCAGCUUUCUUCAAAGCCUAAAGGUUACAUGUGGACCUAGAAUUCCCCACCUGAGUUCCUGACAACUGUCUUGGCUAUGCUAAUAAGAAAGGGAAAAGGGGGAAAGGAGUGGAAACCAAACUCUCAGUAGUAAUUUGAGUCCAAAGGAUCAUUCAAGCACCUACUAUUUAUAAAACACCACCAGGCUUUAUCCUCUAUAUCAGUUGGAAAUGUUUUAUUUGCCAACACUGUCCAAUACAGUAUACACUAGCUACGUUGACUGUUAACCACCUGAACUGUCUAGUGUGACUUAAGAACUGAUUUUUUUGGGGGAGGGGGUGCUGAGGAUUGAACCCAGGACCUUGUGCAUGCAAGGCAAGCACUCUACCAACUAAGCUAUAUCCCCAGCCCAAGAACUGAAUUUUGAUUAUAAUCAAACAACUAUAUGUGGCUAGUGGCUACUGCAUUGGAUAGUACAACUCUAGAUGUUGAAUACACUAAUGAGAAUUAUAAGGAGCCUUCAAAACAAGUCAACAUAGUUUUAUAGAUGCUGACACAAAAAAUACCGGUAAACACCAAUAUAAAAGGGCCUCCAAAAUGUUCACAACUAUCACUUAUUAUUCCUACUUUUCCUAGUUCUGCUUGUUUCAUUUUACCUUGCCCUUUCAGUGAAAUCAAGGCAGAAUGGUGGAGAGCUACUUAAACCCACCAUGGGACCUUAGGUAAGCCAGCCUCUGGAUCUCUUGGAAAGGGCUUUGACCCCUAGUUUCCUCUUCUUUUUGCUGCAGCAAGUACUGCCUUCAGGACCAGGGCUAUCUCUGGGACUAAGACCUCAACUCCAAGUGUUGCACUUUGAACCUUUUCCAAAAGUACAGCAGAAAAGUCCAUGAACCUUUUUCUUAAAUCCCCAACAAGCCUGGGUGAAAGCUUUACCCACUCCCAAUGACUAACACUGGAGCUGAGGGAGCUUCUUAUAAUCAAUUCAUUUGUUCAACUCAUCUCUUCUCACAAGGUUCUAUUCUUUUAAGUCACCCGAUACAGUUGUUUCCUGUCCCAAUACCACUACAAAGGCUUAUUUCCCUCUUUCUAGCCUACAGAACUCAUGGAUGUUUAUAUUAAACGUCUUUAUUAAAGGCUAAUGGGUGAACCUUUAUGAAUCAAACACACUCAAACAAAACAGAUCAGAAAGUUCUUCUCUUCUAAAAAAAAGAUAAGCAAUUUUAUCAACUGACCAACUGAUGGAUCUUUACAACUUUUACCAGAUUGUUUCCAAUAGAUUAAAAUUAAAACCUUAUGAAACACAAUGUUUGCAAUGUAUGCCAAAAAUAGCUUCCUUAUUAAUAAAGCACUCAUAUGGAUUAAGAGGAGAAAUGCUAACACUUUAAAGAAAAACUGGACUAUGAGUAGGCAAAUCAAAAAGUACAUAUUAAUGCCCAAUAAACAUGAAAAAGUCACCCUGAAUCAAAGAAAUGCAAAUUAAAUAUUAUUAAAUGAUAUUUCACACUUAUCAGAUUAGCAAAGAUUACUUAAAAACAUUAGCCAGGUAUUAAUCAGAGAAACUGGUGUGUUAGCAGUUUUCUGGAGGGCAGCUGGGCAAUAUUCAAUACAAUUUGAACAAACAGCUGGGCAUGGUGAUGCACAUUUGUAAUCCCAGCUCCUCUGGAGCUGAGAAAGCCCAGCCUCAGCAAUUUAGGGAGAUCCUAUAUCAAAAUAAAAUUUGAAAAGGACUAGAGAUAGAGCUUGGUGGCAAACACUUGCCUGGCAUGUGCAAGGAGACCCUGGGCUCAAUCCUUAAUACCAUUAAAAAAAAUUGAAAUAGAAUAUGUAACUUUAUUCCUAUCAACGUAGCCCAGAGAACAGCAUAAAUAUCCUAAUGUGAAUGCAGGAUUCCUCAAUAGCAUUGAUGAAAAUAGGUGUGAGAGCCUCAAUCACCCUUCGGUAAGAAUCAGAUUCCACUAGUUUUGACACCCCGUUGCUUUAGAGUCUAUGUAGAACAAAAAUGCUAAUUAAACUGUAAUAUGGCAUUAUUUUCAAUAAUACUUUUUUUUGGUGGAGGGGCAGUGCUGGAGAUCUAACCCAGGACCUCCUGAAUGCCUGCAAGUGCUCUACCACUGAGCUAUAUCCCCAGCCCUCCUUUUUUUAAAAAAUUUGAGAAAGGGAUUCAAACUAAA